AUGGAGGCGGUGCUGGGCCUGCGCUGGCAGCAGUUGACGCCGCCACCCUACGACGCCGGUGGCCGGCGGCGGGCAGUGCUAUGCGAGGCAGGCGGGCCUCGGCUGGACGCUUUUGACCCAGACACAUAUGCAGAAGAUCCAGAAGACGAUGACGAUUACAGCUACGGCGGCUUUGGGGAGGCCGCCAGCAGCAUUGCGGGGGCGGCCGUUGCCGCUGCCAGUGGGCCCGCAAGCGGAAACCCUAGGAGCAGCAGCAGGAGCAGGAGCAGCAGGAGCAGCGGCGUCGUAACUGACCAGCAGAAGGAGGGCGGGCAGCAACAUACCACGGCACUGGGUCGCGGCUACAGCCUGAUGCUGCUGUUUGGCGCAGCACUGUCCCGCCUGUUGUCCCGCCUGCACACUGCGGUGCUGGCCACCGGCAGGGUGGCCUGGCAGCUGGGAGGAGAAGCGUUGCACGGCCUGCCCAAGGUUGCGGUACGAGCAAAGGACAAAGCAGCAGAGAGCUUAUCUCGCAGCGCGGCUGCUAAGAAGGUGGAGAAGUGGCAGAAGAAGCUGGAGGCGGUGCAGCAAGAGCUUCCAGAGGAUCUGUGGGGCAAGGUGAUGUGGGUUUGGGACCGGCCGGACGUGCAGAAGCUGCGCCUCACCAUCUCCAUGGCCAACUUCAGCAUCCGGCUGCCUGCACUGGUGGCCCUGGUGGCCACCCAGAUUGGCCUGCUGUCCACGUCGCUGUCCCUGCCCAUGCUGGCGCCGCUGCUGCUGGGUACCGGCAUGCUGCUGCGCUCCAUCCGCACCAACGCCUCCCUGGUCUUCCCGCGCAUCGGCCUGCUGGUCGUCCUGCUGUGGCUGCUGUGGUUUGCCAACUCGGUCAUCCAAAACACUGUGGCCUACCUGCGCAAACAGGGCGCCAUCGACCAGCGCAUGGCGGACAACAUCAACUCUGCCGCGGAGCUGACUGUGCUGGUGACGGCCGGCAUUAUACUGCUGUCCAUGCUGGGAGUCAACGUGUCCGCGCUGCUGCUGCCGGCGGGCGUGGCGGUGGCCAUCGCCGCCAAGGACCUCAGCCACAACUUCCUGGCAGGCUUCUUCCUUAUGGUGGUGCAGCCGUUCAGGCUGGGCGACCGCGUGGGAGUGACGCUGGCCGCGGGGUCGCCGGGCGGGUUUGGUGGCGGCGGCAGCUGGUUUGAGGGGGUGUGCGAGAAGGUGGACCUCAGGUACACUGCGCUGCGCCAGGGCAAGCGGCGGCUCAUGGUGCCCAACUCGGCUUUCCUGCAGCAGCCCUUCAUGAUUCUGGAGGACGUGCCGGCGGGCAGCGGGGGCGGCAUGGGCGCGCCGCCCGAGGCGGAGCCGCAGGGCGCCGUAGGGCCUGUGUCGGCGGUGGGCUACCAGCCAUUCAUCACCCACGACGGCCGGCACGUGUGGCAGGCGUAUGUGAAUGGCGCCCCGGUGCACCAGGAGCUGGCGCAUGAGGCGGUGCCGCCAGCUGCGUCGUCGCCCAGCGCAGCACCCGCGGCGCCUGCCCCUGCCGCUGCUGGUCGGCCGCCGCACGGGGCAGAUGCAGCACCGCAGCAGCAGCAGCAGCAGCAGCAGCCGUAUGCAGAAGCUCAGCAGCAGGCAGCGUCGCUGCCGUCACCGCAACAGCAGCAGCAGCAGGUGGGCAUGCCGCACUCGCAGCAGCCCCCGCUGCAGCACCAGCCCACCGCCCCAGGCAGCGUCUUCUACACAAUGGCACCGCCGCCAGGCAGCUACUCUGGCAUCGCGCCGCCGGGGGGCUACCACCUGUACCCUAGGAGCCACCCCUUGCCACCGCAGACCUUCUCGUAG